GAGCGCGGCGUGCACAACGGGCGGAUGCGAGCAUCGUGUACGUCGUGAGUGUGUAUGUCGGGAGUGUCGGGAGUGAAUGUCGGUGAAGAAAGAGAGUUGAGUUGACGAGUGAUGAAUGAUGUCGGCGAUCGACUUGGCUUGUCGACGGCGGUGCACGUGAGUGAGCUCGAUGAGCCUGCGUGUCACUGCCAGCAACAAGUAGACGACCUCACCUACAACGACGAGCUCAACACUGUCAAACAGCGCGUCGUGAACAACAAUGCCCGUCGGUAUUGAAGCAUGGUUCAACCAGGUGCCGCCCAUUACACGCGGUUGGCUCGCAUGUGCCGUACUCACUAGUCUCGCAGUGCAAUGCCAGAUGAUCACACCUCUUCAGCUGUAUUUCAGCUAUAAGAGCGCCUUCAAGAACGUUCAGCUGUGGCGGGCGUUCACGACGUUCUUUUACUUCGGGAACAUAUCAAUCGACUUUGUCUUCCAUAUGUUUUUCUUUAUGAGGUACAGCAGGAUGCUCGAAGAAUCCUCCUUCGCACACCGUCGAGCCGAUUACUUCUGGCUCCUCCUCCAAUCAGCCGUAAUGCUCCUCCUCCUCUCCCCACUAGUAACAAUGCCCUUCCUCUCCUCCCCCCUCGCCUUCGUCCCCAUCUACAUCUGGUCCCGCAGACACCCCAACACCCGAAUAUCCCUCUUCGGCAUAGUCACCAUCACAGCCCCUUACCUCCCCCUCGCACUCGUCGCUUUCUCUUGGCUACUUAACGGGACUUGGCGUGCAGCUGCUGGUGAUUUAUUGGGUUGCGCUGUUGCUCAUUUGGCUUGGUUUGUGAGGGAUGUGUGGGCUAGGGAGAUGGUUGGUGGAGGGGGUGUUUGGAGUGAGGCGCCUGAGGGGCUGAAAAGACUUUUCGGAGAUCUCUAG